AUGGCUCCUAAGAAAACUAAAUCAACUGAUUCCACCUCUAUCCCUCAACCUUCCGAUCCUUCAACUCAUGGCAACAUCAUAGAAAAAUCCCUAAAAACUCUAUCUCCUUACAAAUACUGUCUCAAUACCCUUAUCGAUCUUCGUACUGACUUCAAAGGCUUAGGUCCUGCUUUCCUUGAUGAAGCUCCUUCAUCAAUCUCACCUUUCUAUCCUUCGGCUGACGUUCUUCCAUUCCUUCAAACCUUCCCUCCUAAUGAAAAUGGCAGUUUGCCACACUUUCAUUUUAGAACAUGGUAUAGCCCAAAUGAUGCUUGGAUCAAUUGGGUCGACCGAGUUGGAGCUGUGAAGGGAGAAAUAUGGAAGGAUUGUGGCAUAUAUGAUGCCAUUCAGCUAAGUAAAACUAACAUCGCCCAAGACAGAGCCUUGAUGAUAGCAGCCAUGUUUAAUUGGUCGACCACCACCAACUCCUUACACUUGAAGUGUGGUAUGAUGGCUCCAACCAUUCAAGACGUGUGCUAUCUAACCGGCCUCAAACCCUUUGGGAUUGAUGUAAGUACCUUAUUGGUCGAAGAGGAUUCUCCUUUCAUCUUCCCUUCAAAGCAAACUGGAACCAAGUCAUCUGAAUCCUCUUAUGGCAAAUACUUAACUUCCACCAUGGAUCCUCGCGUCCCUGUGAAUGAUGCUGAACAUAUUGCCUUCUUGUUGGCCUGGCUGAACAAGUUUCUUCUAUGCAUACCGGCCUUUCAAGUCACAAAGGAUUUCAUUCAUGUGGCCGUUGCCCUUUCAAGAGGUAAACACCUUGCUCUUGCCCCCUUGGUGCUUUCUCAUUUAUAUAAAGGGAUUUAUGACUUGUUUACCUCCAACUUCGGACGCUAUAGUGGUCCCCUCUGGUUAUUUCAAAUUUGGCUUCAAGUGUACUUUCCUGAGCUCGGACUUGUGGUAAGGCCUUCGGCCAAUGACCCAUUACUUUCUGUAAGUUACGCAUCGGCCGUACCUAAAUCCCAUUCGUUUGGAGAUUGCGUCAAUUUCUUUUACUCCGGUUGUGAACAGAGGACUAUCAGCCAAUUCCUUCCAUUUUCUCAUUGCUCACAAGCACCUCGAUGUCUGACUCCUCCUCAAGGAGUGUCUACCAAAAAAUUAGCUGAUAAGCAUUCGGCCAUGUGGGCUAGUUUCUUACUUUCAAGAGACCUUCACUUCAACACUGGCCCUCUAGGCACAGUAAACUCAAAAGUUGGAGUUGAGUUCUACAAUCCAAACCAACUUGCUAGGCAAUUUGGUCUGACUCAAAUGAUCCCCAUGCCCCCUUAUUUCUCUUUCAACAAAAACUUCCAUAGGCGUGUGGUAUUUCCAGAUGACUCCUAUGUAAAGAACGUGUCCUCCCGGUUCUCAAAUCUGCAGGCUGGAUUCCAAUUCCAACCCUUCAUAAAAAACCCAGCCUCAGAUUCUAGUUUUGAUCAAUGGUGGUCUUCUUACAUUACUUCUACAAGGACGGCUGAUAGCUAG